AUGAUGCUGGCAGCUCUCCUCUUUCUGCUCUCCCCCACAGGUAACUGCACUUAUCGGGAUGUUUAUAAGAACUUGAACUUGAACAAACUGAACAUGAUUCAGCCUGGUAGACAUGGAGCACCCACAGUGGUGGAACUGGAUGUUAUACCCUAUGCCAUUCUCGACGUGAACGAGAAGGACCAGAAAUUUAUUUCCUGCCUUUGGAUUGAUAUUGUGUGGCAAGAUGAAUCCCUUUCUUGGGAUACUUCAAAGUCCUGUGGUAUUCAGGACAUUCUUCUUCCUACUAAAGAAGUGUGGACACCAGAUCUUACAAUUGAAGAGAUGACAGAGAAGGACAAGGCCCUGCCGAGUCCUUAUGUAUUUGUUGAAUCUAUCGGUGACGUCACAUUGAGGAUCACAAUGGUGGUGACCAGCACCUGCAGGAUGGAAGUUUACAAAUUUCCUUUCGAUUUUCAGAGUUGCAACUUGACUUUCAAAUCUGUCAUACACCCUGACACAUUUAUUGAACUUAAAGAGAUGGUUAACGCCAGUUGGACCAACGAUUGGGCUAAGAAGAUAAUGCAGACAGGGUCAGAGUGGCUGUUUGUCGACAUAAAAACCAACAAUAAAACUGUUGACAAUUUUGGCUUCAAACAAAGCAUGUUGGUUUACACUAUCACCAUGAAGAGGCGGUCUGUCCUCUAUGUCGCCAACUUCUUGCUGCCGGUCCUGUUCUUCUUCUGUCUGGACUUGGCCUCCUUCCUGAUCUCAGACAGCAGGGGAGAGAAGCUCAGCUUCAAGGUCACUGUGCUGCUCGCUGUAACUGUGAUGCAGCUUAUUCUCAAUGAGAUUCUGCCCUCCUCUUCAGACAGCGUUCCACUUGUUGCUGUCUACUGCAUUGGGAUGUUUGGUUUGAUGAUGAUUAGCCUCUUUGAGACUAUUUUGGUGAUGUAUCUGAUGGGGAAAGACAUCGAGGCAGAUGAAGACCAAAGACCAAAGAGUGAGGAUUGUGAAGAUAAACGGAGCAAAGUCAGCUGCUGCUGUAAAGAGCUGAAGAAAUGGACUCACUGUGCUCAUGUUUGUGAUGUGUCUGUUGACGAACCUCCAUCUGAACUGCUGUCAGCAACCAAAGAGGGUAACAGCAGAGAACUGACGGAGGAGUCUGUUGCCUUGGAGAAGCUCUCAGGUGAGAUGAAGGAGGUGAUUCAGCUCCUUAACAGCAGGGAGGAAGCAGGAAAGCUCGGCUACUGGACCAGAGUGGCUAAAACAAUCAACAAAGUUUUCUUCAUUUCCUAUUCACAGAUCACCAUGAAGAGGCGGUCUGUCCUCUAUGUCGCCAACUUCUUGCUGCCGGUCCUGUUCUUCUUCUGUCUGGACUUGGCCUCCUUCCUGAUCUCAGACAGCAGCGGCGAGAAGCUCAGCUUCAAGGUCACUGUGCUGCUCGCUAUAACUGUGAUGCAGCUUAUUCUCAAUGAGAUUCUGCCCUCCACUUCAGACAGCGUUCCACUUGUUGCUGUCUACUGCAUUGGGAUGUUUGGUUUGAUGAUGAUCAGCCUCUUUGAGACUAUUUUGGUGAUGUAUCUGAUGGGGAAAGACAACGAGGCAGAUGAAGACCAAAGACCAAAGAGUGAGGAUUGUGAAGAUAAACGGAGCAAAGUCAGCUGCUGCUGUAAAGGUGAGAUUAAACAUAAAUCCCAUUCAGAGCUGAAGAAAUUGACUCACUGUGCUCAUGUCUGUGAUGUGUCUGUUGACGAACCUCCAUCUGAACUGCUGUCAGCAACCAAAGAGGUUAGAAUUAGGCUGCAUUUUAAAGGUUCAGGCAGCAGCAGAGAACUGACGGAGGAGUCCGUUGCCUUGGAGAAGCUCUCAGAUGAGAUGAAGGAGGUGAUUCAGCUCCUUAACAGCAGGGAGGAAGCAGGAAAGCUCGGCUACUGGACCAGAGUGGCUAAAACAAUCAACAAAGUUUUCUUCAUUUCCUAUGUCACAUCUGGACUCCUCACCAUUCUCAUCCUCCUCACCCUCCUCAGCAGGAUUUCUUCAAUUGGCAUCACCCACACUCCCUUGGACUGGUUCACAUCCUACUUCUCCGGCCGCACUCAGUUCAUUCAACUCAAGUCGCUCAAAUCCAUCCCUUCCUAG